GAGUCGGAGCCGUCCCCAGUCUACUUCACGUUGUUUUUGCUUUUCCUAUUCCGAGACAAACUUUCUCUAAAAAAAGACCUGUCAGGCUUCUAUAAAACCGUUUCAAUUCCCUCCGCUGCCCUCGGCUUUCUCUUCUUCUCAAUAUGUCCUCCGCCCAAGACGAAUUCAACCAACUCUUCAGCAAUCGCGAGAAAUCAUCCGCUCAUCCUGAAGACCGCAAUAAUCGCUCUGACCGCGACUCCUCUCCCGACCCUGAGGACCUCGACAACGUCCACCUUUCCGACGACGACGAAGCCAUGGCAGCCAUGAGCUCUCGCUCCGGUGGCUACACUGUCCCCAACACCAGAUUUGACGCCAACACAGGGCCCAAGGGUGUCAUCGCUGAUGCCCAAGCCUUCGAGCGUGCCCGCAGAAGCAAUUUCCGCAAGUCAUUCGUCUCUGGUACCUCAGCGGCCGACCGGUCACACAACUACUCUUCCUCCAAGUCCUCCACUGAUGCCACUCUACUCCACAACUCCCCGCCGCCUGAUGGCUCAGGGAGUGAUCCCGACGAGGCAGACGAGGACAAAUUCAUGCGCCGGUGGCGUCAAUCACGUAUGCAGCAGUUGCAGAGCCAGAAGGGCCGACGGCCUAGCCCCUGGCGGAAAUACUAUGGGACCGUUGACACGGUCGAUGCGGUGGGCUAUUUGGAUGCAAUUGAGAAGGUGCCGUCUGACCAGAUUGUGGUGGUGUGUCUGUAUGAUCCUGAGUCAAACACCAGUGCCCUGGUCGAAGACUGCCUGAACACAAUUGCUUCUCGUCAGCCAAAGGUCCGAUUCGUUAAGCUACAUCACGAAAUUGCGGAAAUGGACCACAUCAAACCUCCUGCGCUACUGGCUUACCGAGCCGGGGAUGUCUUUGCAACAAUUGUUGACAUUCUGCAGCAAAUCCCGAAGGGUCGAAGCUGCAGCGCCGAUAGUCUAGAGGAUGUUCUCAAGUCGCACCGAGUGAUAUAGAUUUCUCUUUGGUUAAUACCCUUACUUGAUUUCCGGGGCAUGGAGGACGAGCUCUGUUUCUACCUGCAGUGACUUUGUGAGAGUGAGAUGUUCUCUUGGUACAGCCUCGCAGGGACGCAUUAGUCCUCCAUUCUCCUACCGUUACCUCGUCUCUUUCCUUUUUUCCCCCUC